AUGACUAACUUUAUACAGACAUUUUUUAUUUCUGAUCCUUCUGAGACGAGGCUAGAACAAUUUCACAACAAUUUAGGAAGGAGAAAUAAAGGUGGCAAAAAUAAUGCCAAGCAAUGGCGCACUGUCCACCUAUUUGGUAAAAGUCGUCGCCCGAAAGAAUCGGCUGUUGUUAUCGAUCAAACUGAUACGACUGGAUAUUUAAGAUCACACAGCGGCGUUACUACCAAGACUAUUUUAACUGAAGAAAAGUUUCCUGACAAUACUAUUGUCACUUCUAGGUAUACUAUUUGGAAUUUUAUACCAAAAAAUCUUUUCGAACAAUUUGGCCGAAUCGCAAACUUUUACUUUCUUUGCAUUGCCGUAGUGCAGCUUUCAUUAAGAAAUUCCCCUGUUAGUCCAGUAACCAGCGUAGCACCAUUACUCUUCGUCGUUACCAUCACUGCUAUUAAACAGGCCUACGAAGAUUGGUUAAGACAUAAAUCUGAUAACAAAGUCAAUAAUCGAUCAAUCGAAGUUGUUCGUGAUGGCACUCUGAAAGGCGUUCCAUCACGAAAUGUUGCUGUGGGAGAUGUAGUUCGAGUUUCUAACGAACAAGAACUACCUUGCGACCUUGUACUCUUAUCUUCAAGCGAAGUGGAUGGCAGUUGUUACAUCAUGACCAUGAACCUCGAUGGCGAAACAAAUUUAAAGCCACGAUUAGCAUUAUCAGAUACUGUAGCAUGGCGAAGCUGUGAAGAUAUAACUUCUUCAUCACUCGAUAUUGAUGUAGACUGCCAACUCCCGACACCUGAUCUCUACAAAUCGCUAUGCUCGGAUAAUUUACUACUACGUGGUGCGCGGUUGCGAAACACUGAUUAUAUUUUUGGAAUGGCGGUGUAUACGGGUGUUGAUACUAAGGUUGCUCUAAACCAACAGCAAAAGAAACACAAAUUUUCAGCUGUUGAAAAAGCAUUGAAUAAAUUCUUGGCCGUCUUUAUGGUUUUGCUAGUUAUUCAAGUAAUAUUCUGUGGUAUUGCUAGUACUGUAUGGCAAAGACUAGAAUUGCCAGCAUAUAUGGGCAUAUCUCGCGCGACAGAAGCUUCUGGAAUAAUCAACAUUUUCCUCUCAUUUUUAGUCUUAUUUAAUUAUAUUAUACCAAUUUCACUUUAUGUCACAAUUGGAAGAUUUCUAUCUUCAGAAUUACAGAAAUUUUUCGGAGCCAUGUUUAUUGGCUGGGAUAUAAAAAUGUACGAUUCGAAAAUGGAUGAAGUUGCAAAAGCAAAUACUUCAGAUUUAAAUGAAGAACUUGGACAGAUUGAAUACUUGUUUAGCGACAAGACAGGAACUCUAACACAGAAUGAUAUGCAAUUUCGGCAGUGUUCAAUAUAUGGAAAACGAUAUAAGGAAAUUGAUGGCAACUUGCAGCUUUUAUUGGAUCAAAACUAUGAAAGUUUGGAAGAUUCAUCGGAUUCACUGCAGCAAUUUCUCAUUGCUCUAGCAGUGUGUCACACUGUCAAAACAGAACAUGAAGCUUCAACAGAUAGUAUUGUAUAUCAGGCUUCAUCACCGGAUGAAAAAGCUCUCGUUGAAGCCGCUUCAAAAUUUGGUGUUAGCUUUCGUGAUUGUGUUGAUAACGCUCAUGUCGUUUUGGUACAUGGGAAAUUACAAAGGUUCAAAAUUUUACACGUUCUUGAGUUUGAUUCUGAUCGUAAAAGAAUGAGCGUUAUCGUCAAAGAUCCAUCGGGUAAUACUAUUUUGAUUUGCAAGGGCGCUGAAUCUUCUGUAUUAAGUCGGGCGAAAGAUGGCGCUAUUACUCACACUAAUAACGACGUAAACUAUUACGCAAAGCAUGGAUUAAGGACCCUUGUUAUUGCCUUUCGUCGGUUGUCAGUUGCAGAUUAUGAAAUGAUGAAUGAAAAGCUUCAUGAAGCUAAAACCGCUAUUGGCGAUAGAGAUGCAAAGCUUGCUAGUGCAUAUGAUUAUGUUGAGAGAGAUUUAACAAUUAUUGGAGCAACGGCUGUGGAAGAUAAGCUACAGGAAUGCGUUACUGAAACCCUAGAGUCGUUACGCGAAGCUGGAAUUAAGGUGUGGGUUCUGACCGGUGACAAACAGGAAACUGCUGUUAAUAUUAGCCAUUCCUGUGGACACUUUAGUACUGGCAUGGAAAUCAUGACUGUAAAUGCUAACAAUAACGUGGAAUGCUCGUCACUAUUGCAAGAUGUCAAAGUCAAAAUUGAUGGAAGCCCAGGUGGAACUAAGUUCGCACUUGUUAUUAACGGAAUGAGUCUAUCAUUUGCGUUGAGCAGUUGUCAAGAUCUACUGCUUAGUGUUACGAAACAUUGCGAAGCUGUAUUAUGCUGUCGUAUGUCACCGCUACAGAAAGCUAAAAUUGUACGAAUGGUAAAAGAAAAUGGCCAUCACCCAACAACGCUUGCUAUUGGUGAUGGAGCGAACGAUUGUAGUAUGAUCCAGGAAGCUCAUGUCGGAGUUGGUAUCAUGGGUAAAGAAGGCCGUCAAGCUACGCAAUGCAGCGAUUAUGCAAUCGCCAAGUUUAAAUACUUAAAGCGUUUAUUACUUGUUCAUGGUCACUGGUACUAUAUUCGUAUCGCAACCUUAGUUCAAUACUUUUUCUAUAAAAACGCCGCGUUCAUAACUCCAGAAUUUUAUUUCGCAUUCUUUUCCGGAUUUUCAGCGCAGUCGAUGUACGACAGUAUUUUCCUCAUGUUUUUCAACCUGGCUUUUACGUCGCUACCUAUCCUAAUCUUUGGAGUAUUUGAACAAGAUUUCAAUGAACAUCAUCUAUUGCGGAAUCCUUCGUUAUAUAAAAUGCUUGCCAGGAAUAAAUAUAUGACUAUGAAGGAAUUUGCUUGUUGGGUUCUUCUAGGCUAUUGGCAUUCAUUAGUCUUCUUUUUCGGUGUCUACUUUUUAUUUGCUGAACAAGAAGGUGUUUUAUCGGCAGAUGGCAAGACAUUUGAUCUUUGGUGUUUUGGAACAAUGAUUUAUACAAUGACUGUGGUAGUCACCAAUCUGAAGCUUGCUUUGCACACUGAACAUUGGACAUGGGUUAAUCACUUUGCUAUAUGGAUAUCCAUUUUGUCUUAUUAUUUAUUUACGCUAUUUUAUUGCGGAAUUUAUUGGCCAACUUUCCGCAAUGGUAGUUCUGAUUUAUUUUGGAUAUUUCUAAAGUUGGUAGCUACGCCUGCAGUUUGGUUUAAGACAUUUUUACUAAUUCUUGUUAGUCUUCUGCCAGAUAUUAUUUUACGUAUUUAUUCCACGGAAAAGGUAAAGAUUUUGAAUUUAAGUCUUGAAAAAAUGGCUAGAACAAGAAUGCUGGGAGAUCGAUUAGCCUCUGAGAAUACUAGCCUAAAUCGUGAUUUAAGAAAACGUAAUUAUUCCACUGGAGACCCUAGAAAUCCAUUAAUAUCAUCUGAUAAUAGUAUUUUAGAUAUCUCUGAUUCACAUCAGACCAUAGUUUAA